AAAAGACAUUUAAAAAAGAGUACGGCGUUUCAUUAAUGGGAUCGUCAAUUGUAGAUGUAGUGAAUUAGGGAAGUAAAAUAAUAGAGCCGCCCUAAUGUGAACCAAACAAAUGAACUACUACUUGCAUUGCAUGUAGUGUAUAUAUAUUUCUAUAUACAUUGCCCUUUUUCAGAAUACAAGUAUAGUACUCUAUCUUUAUAUAAAUAUCAGAGAGAGAGAGAGAGAGAGAGAGAGAGAGAGAGAGAGAGAGAGAAAUAUCUCAAUAUAGCCUAUUCAUAAACGUGUUGGAGUUGAUAUUGGCAAGGAAAUCAUCUCAUCUCGAAUAUCACUUGUUCAUUUUAUAAUUUUCAAGGAGAAUAAUUAUAUAUGGAGAUGGAAAGCAUACAACAUUUUCUAGAGAGUAAAACUAUCUUGGUAACGGGAUCCACUGGCUUUCUUGGAAAACUUCUUGUGGAGAAAAUAUUGAGGAUUCAACCAAAUGUGAAGAAGUUCUAUCUUCUUUUAAGAGCUCCAGAUGACGACUCAGCUAUCCAACGCAUGCAAUCUGAGGUGAUAGGGAAGGAGUUGUUCAAGGAAAUUAGGGGGAAAUGGGGUAAGGAGUUUGAAUCGUUUAUAUCAGAAAAGUUGAUUCCAGUAGCUGGAGAUGUUAGUAUGCAAAACUUGGGAGUCAAAGAUGCAAAUCUCAGUGAAGAGAUGUGGAAAGAUAUAGAUGUUAUCGUCAACUCUGCUGCCACAACGGACUUCUAUGAAAGAUAUGAUACUGCUCUCAAUAUCAAUUCAAUGGGAGUUAUGAAUGUUCUGAAAUUUGCCAUGAAAUGUGUCAAGCUAAAGAUGCUUCUCCACGUAUCAACCGCUUAUGUUUGCGGGGAAGGAGAGGGAGUGAUAAUGGAGAAAGAAGUAUACCAAGGAGAAACAUUAAAAUCAACUUCAUCUAAAUUAGAUUUUGAAAUUGAGAUGAAACUGGCUGCUCAAAAAUUGGAUGCCUUGAGGUCACAGGGUAUUUCAGAACAACUUAUUGCAUCAGACAUGAGAGAUUUUGGACUUCAAAGGGCAAAGAAAUUUGGUUGGCCUAAUACUUAUGUAUUCACUAAGGCCCUGGGAGAAAUGUGUAUUGGGCAGUACAAAGACAGCUUGCCAACUGUUAUUAUACGUCCUACAAUGAUUACCAGCACUUACAAAGAACCUUUUCCUGGUUGGAUUGAAGGUUUGAGGACUGUUGAUAGUGUAGUUGUUGGCCACGGUAAAGGGAAGAUAACAUGUUUUCUUGCCGAUCCAGGUUGUAUCAUGGACAUGAUACCCGGUGACAUGUUGAUAAAUGCAAUGAUAGUAGCUAUGGUUGCCCAUGCAAAUCAAUGUCCUAGUAGAACGAGCAAUAAUAAUAAUAAUAAUAAUAAUUACAAUAAUAUUUACCACGUGGGGUCCUCCCUGAGAAAUCCAGUAAAUUUCUCUUCACUCCGCCAGUUUAGCUACUCGUACUUUACUAAAAAUCCUUUGAUCAACAUGGAUGGAAAACCAAUCAUAAUCAGCAAGGGCAUAGUAUUUUCUAAUAUGGCUAUUUUCAGAAUCUACAUGCUUUUAUGCUACCUUAUACCUCUACAGAUACUGCAAUUGUUGAGCAAAGCCUUUCCGUCGUAUUUUCGAGAUUUGUAUGUUACGAAUAUGCGAAAAUUCAAUUUGGUAACGCGUUUGGUGCAACUUUACAAACCAUAUGUUCUAUUCAAGGGCAUCUUUGAUGACACUAACUCAGAGAGGCUCCGAGGAAAAGCAAGGGAGAUGAGCAGUUCUAAUGAUGAAGUGGAUCUGUUCAACUUCGAUCCAAAGUGCAUUGAUUGGAAAGACUACCUCAUCAAUAUUCACAUUCCUGGAGUCAAGAAGUUCGUCAUCAAAAAAUAAACAUUUAUAUAUAUAUAUAUGUAUUCUUCUUCUUUCUUCGUGUGUGACGAAAAAUACUAUAUUGAUCAUUAUUUCUUCGUUUUAUGUCGCAUUAUAUGUGAUAUAUAUAUAUAUAUCAACAUAUAAUUAUAUUCUAUACUACUAUAGCUAGAGUGUGCUCUUAGCUGAUCAAUCAAUUCAAAAGAUAUUUACAUAUAUAUAUACAUUACAUUCAGAUUUUAAAUGUUGAAUGUUAUUAUAUAUUAUAUGUGGAAAUGUCUUCGUCAUUA